AUGAGGAUCAGCAGCGCGUCCGCCCUGUGGGCUUUGAUGCCCCUUCUCUCGCAUGCCAAGGACUGCAGGCCACCGGUGGAAUCGGAGAAGCUCCAAGAGCUGAUCACGGUCGAUGGGCUGAUGGGUAACCUCCAGAAGCUCAACGACAUCGCCUAUGCCAACGGAGGCAACCGUGCUUUCGGCCUUCCCGGCUACGCAGCAUCGGUCGACUUCAUCUUUGAGGAGGUCUCCAAGCUCAAGGGCUUCACCGUCCGCAAGCAGGACUUCCCUGCCCUCUUCACCCUGACCACUGCGGCCGAGACCAUUGUUGGCGACGAGUCCCUGCGCACUGUUGCCCUCACCUACACUCCCAGCACCCCCAACGGCGAGGGCAUCACCAGGGAGUUGGUCCUGGGUCCCGAGGGGGCCGCCGGCUGCGACGUGGCCAACUACGCCGACAUCGCCGCCGAGGGCAAGGUCGUGCUGGUCGAGCGUGGCCUGUGCCCCGACGGCACCACCUUUGCCGGCAAGCUGCUGGCCGCCGCGGCCGCCGGCGCCGACUCGGUCCUCAUCUACAACCUCAACGACCAGAAGCUGACGGCCGGUUCGCUGUCCAUGCCCAACCCGCUCUACGCCCCCGGUGUCAUUGUCGACCGGGAGCCCGCCCUCCGCCUCAAGGCUCGCCUCGAGGCCGGCGAGAAGAUUGAGGUCUUUAGCAACAUCCAGCAGCUGAUCGAGGAGCGCAUCACGCAAAACGUCAUUGCCGAGACGACGCACGGUGACGAAAAGAACGUCGUCAUGCUGGGUGCCCAUCUUGAUUCGGUGCAAGCCGGCCCGGGCGUCAACGACGACGGCUCCGGCACCUCGCUCAUCCUCGAGCUGGCCAGGGGCCUCAACAAGUUCUCGACCACCAACAAGGUCCGGUUCGCGUGGUGGGGCGCCGAGGAGAACGGCCUCUGGGGCUCCAAGUUCUACGUCGACGACCUCAAGGACAAGCCCGAGGUCGAGGACCUGCUGCUGUACAUGAACUUUGACAUGGUGUCGCGCGGCGUGCACUACGUGUUUGACGGCGUCGGCGACCGCGUCGCGCCCGGCGGACCCCCCGGCUCGGAGAAGAUCGAGGAGCUGCUGGCCGAGUCCCUGAUCGCACAGGGCAAGGACGUGCGGCCGACGGGCCUGACGGGCGGCACCGACUACGUGCCCUUCAUGCAGGUCAUCAACAAGCCCGUCGGCGGGUUGUUCACCGGCACGGCGCCCGAGGAGGACGACUGCUACCACCAGGCCUGCGACAACAUCACCAACGCCAAGCCCGAGCUGAUCCACCCCAACGCCCUGGCCGCCGCCCACGCCCUCGCCGUCCUGGCUAUCGACGGCACCGAGAUCGUUCCCAAGACGCCCCAGAACGCAACCGUGGCUUCCGUCAGGAGGUGGGCUGCCGACUCCAUCAACUCGAUUGACUUUACUGCUUCGCACGGCAAGCUGUGCGAUCACGACCUGAUUUAG